AUGUUCCAAUUCUUGCUAUUGACACGUACUAAACAACCAAAUCAGCAACCAUCCGCCACUACUGCUGCUGAUGACGACGUUACAACAUUUGAAGAGAAACCACCCAUGGUGCGUUCAGUGUCAUCGUCGUCAUCACUCGAUUCAUGGCCAGUGGAUAUCGAUGAUUGGCAUGAUGAGAAAGAAAAUUGGUCAUUCAAGGAUGACUAUGUCUCAUUUCCAAGUCUCGACCCUCCCGCUUUGGAUGAUCAUCAUCAUCAUCCUACUAUCACGACCAUCACUUCACAAUAA